AUUGAUUUCUAGGUCAUUGAAUUAAUGUGUAUAUAUUAUAUAUUUAAACGCAAACACAUUAUUUCUCCCAUCAUUCCAUAAUAUAAGUGAAGGUAUCUAAUGAUUAUAGAUUGUAAUCAAAAUCACACAACGAAUAGUUUCAAAUUUUAUUCGUUUCAGGUGAAAUAAUCCGCGAUGGCAUCAAGUGAAUUAUUAGAUCGAGUAUCUGAUACUUUCAAUGGAAGUACCGUAUUAAUAACAGGCGUUACAGGUUUUGUUGGGAAAGCUCUAUUGGAAAUAUUAUUAAGAAAUACAAACGUCAAAAAAAUUUACAUUCUUAUUAGAUCUAAGAAAGGUAAAAGUCCAACGGAAAGGAUAAGUGAUCUUUUCACCAAUGUUCUUUAUUCUUCAUUGUUAUCUAAGAAACCAGAUGCACCAAAAAAAUGUAUCGUUAUUGCUGGAGAUGUAUCUGAAGUGGAUCUUGGUAUCUCAACCAAAGAUAGAGAAUUGCUUGUAAAUGAAGUUGAUUUUAUAUUCCACAGUGCGGCUACCACGAGAUUUGACGAUAGUAUCAAAACAGCUGUUACAAUAAAUACAAGAGGCACCAAGUACAUGUUAGAUCUUGCAGAACAAUGUAAAAAGUUAAAGUUAUUCGUUCAUGUUUCAACGGCUUACGCUUUCCCGAACGAAAAAAGAACGCUUGAAAAGGAAUACAAAACGAACGUGAAUCCGCAUGACGUUUUAAGUACGUUAACAUGGCUUGAUGAUAUGACUCCCGAAAAAACGAAAAAAAUGAUAGGCAAUAAUCCAAAUACUUACACAUUUUCAAAAGCUUUGGCGGAAAAUCUUGUAUAUGAAAAAAUUGGAACGCUUCCUAUUAUUAUAUGCAGGCCAGCUGUGGUAAUACCAUCCUUCCGAGACCCAAUGCCAGGUUGGUUCAACAACUUACAAGGUCCGAUGGGUUUGUUCGUUGGAGCUGGUAAAGGUAUCAUAAGAUGUAUGUAUAUGGAUAGUAAAUCUUACGCUAAUUUAAUACCAGUAGACGCGACAGUUAGUGGAAUAUUGGUGUUUUCGUGGUACUAUUUGAAUACAAAGAAUUCACCGCACAUAUUUAAUUUAUGCGUCCCCGAAAUAGACGUCAAGAAAACUUGGGAAGAUAUAUUGGAUUUGGGUAGAGAUAUUAUCGAAAACGAUGUACCUUUUAACGGUAUUCUGUGGUAUCCGGGUGGAGGUAUAACGAAAAAUCGAUUAUAUGCGAAAAUAAACUUUAUUCUUUUCCAAAUUAUCCCAGCUCUGUUCAUCGACAUGCUGCUAUUUGUAUUGGGUUACAAACCGAUUUUAUUCAACUUCCAAAUGCGUAUUCUGAAAGGUACAGAAAUGUUUGAAUUUUAUACAACCAGAGCUUGGGAUUUCGAAACUGAAAAUACUUUGAAAAUCAGAGAAUUGUUGAACGAAAGAGAGCUUGGAAAUUAUGUUCUCAAAGCGGGUUCCAUAAAUAUAAGAGAUUAUUUAAUAAAGUGUAUGUUGUCUUGUCGUAGACAUAUUCUUAAAGAAACUGAUGAUAUGAUUCCUGCAGCCAAGAGGAAUAUGAAAAUAAUGUUUGUAUUGGAUAGAGUCGUCAAGUUAUCAUUUUUCAUUUUGCUAGGAUAUUUCUUGUAUCAAUUUGGUUGUCGCAUUAUAGCAGCUCAAUAAAAACACUUUUUAAUGUA